AUGCCUGUCAAAGAAUCUGACGUCUUUACCAUUCCGGAAGAGGCCAAGUGGAUACCCACGCCUGUUACAUGGAGGCAAACCAUGAAGGAGUUUAACAAGACUUACAUGCGUAUAGAGUUCACAAAUACUCGUGCCGAUGAACCCGAGAAGACCAACUUUCUCUUUGUCUUAGAAGAAAUGCUUGAGAAUUUCAAGUCAUCGAAGAUUGAGAAGACCGAGACAGGUUACAAACUUACCGUUGACGAAGACUAUCUCUUUGGCCAGCAGAGAGCCAUCUUUCAACACCGAUUUGUUGAAGGAACUAUCGUGACCUUCUCACAACAAGCGACCGAGGCUAGUAACAAGCUGGGCUAUGGCGAGGUGAAGAUGAUGUCGGCGAUCAUGGGUAGUCAAAUAGGAAAUAAGCUUUACCCUAUGAGCGAUGCCUCCAAGUAA